CUAGAAUCGGAAUUACCGGUUCCAGUUUUAAUUUGAACUCUUAAACGCUUGUGAAAUUUACAACAAUACCAUCAUUAUUCAUUCCUGAGUCUUCCGUAUAAGAAAGGGGAUAAUUUGAAAAACCGCAACAAAUUAUGGGGACUCACGGCACCGAAUGGCAGUCCGUCUCUCCACUUCCAGAAUUAGGUCAAAUGGUUUGUGGAACUUGUAGAACUUUGGUUUUUUAUCCUAGAGGAGCCCCUCGUGUUAGAUGUGUAUCCUGUAAAACAAUCAAUCUUGUUUUAGAAGAUCAUCAAAUUGGAAAUGUAAACUGUGCAAAUUGUGAAGUAUUGCUUAUGUACCCAUAUGGAGCUCCAAAAGUAAAAUGUUCAUGUUGCCAUUCAAUAACUGAUGUUGGGGAGCACAACCAACGCCCUCGCCUUUCUGAUCAACAGGGCCCACCUCCACACGCUGUAAUUUAGAAACAUUUUGAACAAUGUAUGACUGUAUGAGCUGGGUGAUCGUGAAUAUAUGCUUGGCUUCAACCUUUGUUUUAGGAGUCUCAUUUGAAUUUCUGCACAAGCUUUACAGAGUUGCAUGUUUAUGUAUAGAACCAGUUGGAAUUGUCUCAAUGAAGAACUCAGUAAGACUACGGUCCUGUUUGGAAUUGCUAGGUGAUUCUUUUAUGGGUAUAUAUAUAUUUUUUGAAGCGAUAGCACUACCGUCUGCAUCCGUUAAUUCCUCGAUCUAUCAGAUUUUGUUGUACAGUCCCAUCUAGGAUAGAAUUCAUGAAAAAUGUUGAAAAGGUGUUCCUGACAAAAUUGAUCUGAAAGUCAUUCAUCUGUUAUGAACCUUCAUAUAAUUCAGCACAACUUGGAUCAGGUCUAGUAGUGAUCUCUGUCAAGGUUCUUCAAUGAAAAGUUUGAUCUUGAUGGA